CCCGACGCACGGCGGAGUGUCGCUCGAGACGCACACCGCCGCCUGCCCAGCCGACCUCCUUCCGACCGUCCUCGGCGCGCCGGUCGUGCCCUGGCACCGCUUGAAGGAUUUUCAGAUCUGCUCGAUGCUGCUGUUGAUUCAGCAGCUGGUGACUGCGUGGGGUGCUCCGGGCGCGGACCGUACCAUCUUCAUCCCCGAGGACAGGCUGCGCAGCAGCCCGCUGCCGCAGCUUCAGACAAAGCGCUGCUAUCACCUCUACCAUUCGGCCAGCAAUCCGUGUGCGGCCGCGAUCGCCGCCGAUUUGGAGGCGCAGUUUGUGUCGCCGAACCACUCGGGGCUGCGGACAACAGCCGAACCGGAGCACCUUCGCCACGAUGCCUGCUCCGCGUUUUUGCUCUACCUGAACGCCGAAACUUUCGCGCCGGGGGCGCGCGCCGACACGCUCGUCAGCGAGCUGGAGGCGGCGCUGGAGGCGGGCACCGGGCUGCUGCUGGCGCACGAGCGGCGCGACGGCUGGCGUCGGCUCACGUUCGACGAGAUCAUCGUCGCGACACCGGAGGGGCUCAGGACGGCCGGCGCGUACCGGCGCAUCGCGACAGCCCUGCACGGCGGGCGGCACUAUGCGGUCUCGCUGAGGCUGCUGCUGGACGAGCUCGACCUCCUGAUCCGGCGGCCCGUCAGGAGCCACUCGCUGCUGGGCACCGUGCUCCGAAAGACCAGUGAGGCGGGCUCAUCAUCGGGUGACCUGAUGCGCCGACGAAAGCGGGAGAGCCCCCGCUUGGGGAGCAGCUCGGUGUAGGUAGGUGUAUGUUAGCCAGAGUUCUGACUGUGGUGGGGGCAUGUGCAUGUCGUUUCAUGUCCAUCAUGUCUGUACGUUUGCUCGUGUCGAGCCGUG